GGAAAACUCAACUCCUUUGUUGUUGUGUUAGGACUACUUCUUCCUAGAGCAGAGCAACAAAAGAUGCCUUUUGGAUUAGUUUCUGCGUGGAACAAACGUAGGAGAAGCAAGUCCGAGGAUCAGACCAAUCCUUGGGUGUACAAACCUGUGGAGCAGUGGCAGAUCGAGUGCAAAGGGCCCCCGCCAAAGAGAAGAACUGCAUCAGCAGUAUACACGGUGAAGGAGAUGGAGGAGGCGACAUGUUCCUUCAGUGAUGAAUACCUGCUUGGGAAAGGAGGCUUUGGCCGGGUUUAUAAAGGCACUCUAAGGUCCGGGCAGGUUGUGGCGAUCAAGAAAAUGGAGCUACCACCAUUCAAAAAGGCAGAGGGAGAGAGGGAGUUCCGCGUAGAGGUCGAUAUUCUGAGCAGACUGGACCAUCCCAAUCUUGUCAACUUGAUUGGAUACUGUGCAGAUGGGAAGCAAAGGUUUCUGGUGUACGAGUAUCUGCACAAAGGGAAUCUGCAAGAUCAUUUAAACGGAAUCGAACAUGUAAAGAUUGAUUGGCCUUCGAGGCUGAAAGUGGCUCUCGGAGCAGCAAGAGGACUUGCAUACCUCCAUUCAGGUUCUGAUGUCGGGAUUCCUAUUGUCCACAGAGACUUCAAAUCUACUAAUAUUCUUCUUGAUACUAAUUUGGAAGCAAAGAUAUCAGACUUUGGACUAGCAAAAUUAAUGCCAGAAGGCCAGGAAACUUGUAUCACAACCGCAACAGUGCUUGGCACUUUUGGCUAUUUUGAUCCCGAAUAUACCUUGACAGGGAAACUUACUCUACAAAGUGAUGUCUACGCAUUUGGAGUCGUGCUACUCGAGCUUUUGACUGGACGGAGAGCAGUUGACCUGACCCAAGGACCAAGCGAUCAAAAUUUAGUGAUCCAGGUUAGGCACAUAUUAAAUGACAAGAAGAAACUGAAAAGGGUGAUUGAUCCUGAAAUGGCACGGAGUUCAUACACAAUGGAGUCGGUAGCCAUGUUUGCAAACCUGGCAUCACGCUGCAUCCGAGUAGACAGUCACGAGAGGCCCUCGAUGAUAGAAUGUGUGAAAGAACUCCAACUGAUCAUGUACAUCAAUUCUAAAGGAUUAGGGAUGACAAUGCAUGCACUUAGAAUGUUGUGAAACCACUCAGAAGUGAUUUUGUUUAUAACAGAAUAAGAUAGGCAGUCAACCGCAAGGUUUAAUAAGAUGGGCAGUCAACCGCAAGGUUUUCCCUAAAUCUUGAUAACAGGGAACCAUUCAAAGUGCUUCAAUUCAAACACAUCAGAGAUGUUGAUGUGCUUCUGAGUAAUCUGAUAGUACUCAACAAAACAAUCAUAAAUUCCAGCUAAAAAACAUUCAUGCGGACGAGACAUGUUCUUGUUGUAUUCAUAAGAAUUUUAUUCUGUUGUGUUUGAUAUAGAUGUUUCUGGUCAUUAAACA